AUGGCGGUGCUCUUAGAGAGAAGUCCUAUUGUCCACUGGAGGCUAGUUGACCUUGGAAGGACCAGGGUCCUGAUAAAACAAGAAAGAAGAAAGCAGAAGGAAUACUUUGAAAGGAACAAGUUAAAAUCAAAAAUGAAAUUACUAGGAGUUUUUUCACCUGUCAAGAACCCCACGGUCAGUUUAGACCUUCUUAAUUUGUAUAUGGUAAAUCAGAUAUCUUCGAAGAAGAAAACACCUGAAAGCAUGAAAAGACCAACUCAUGUGAAUAUGAAUAGAGAUUUGAAAAUGCCACUGAGAAAGCAUGAUUUAGAACUUCCAAUGUCACCUCAUUGUGUACCUUCUAACCUAUGCAUUGAUGAUAUGGAAAAUAAUGUACCCUAUCAAAGAUUAUGUAGCAAGAAAGAAACUGGCCUAGUUCAACCAUCACAAAAUAUGAACUCAUACAGAAUGUUCAACAAAACAGAAGACUACAGUUAUAUUCCACCAUCAUUUCCAGCAGAAUUACCCUCUAACAGACAUAGUCCAAGCCAAAAUUGCACCCCUAGGAUAGUUCCAAAUCCUUGGAAAUCAGCAUAUAAAGAAAACCACAGCAAGCAGUUCAAUGAUGGGGAAUUCUCUGAUUCCUUAUCUUCCAAAUUAAAUAAACAUCAAAAUGCCUUCAGUUCAUCUCAGAAAACAGCAGAGUUUGGAGCAUCAUAUGAAAGAAUAAAUAGUCCAGAAACUGGUGAUUUUCUUAUUAAAAAUCCUAUAGUUACGGAUGAAGGUCAUGGAAGCCUGUAUGAAAGAAGACAGCCAGACUUUGCUAUGGAAAAAACAUCAGUGCAACAGAUUUGGGAAAAUAAUGGAAAAGAAUUAUCCAGUUUUCUUGAUGAAGUGAUCCACCCAACUCAGAGACAUCUGCCAGACAAUCACAACUCUUUUGGUAGUCACAAUAUGAUCAAUUUAUUGAGCACAGAUCAGCCAGGAAGAAGAGCAGCCUUUAACAGCUGUGGCUGCGAUAGCUUGAGUUAUACCCAUGCCGAUGAAAGCUUUUCUUCUGGUGGGUUUAUUAAAGAGACAGUGCCACACUCAACUUUUCAGAAUCUUCCUUUCAAUACAAGUUACAUAGAAACAUGGCAGCCAAACAAGCCCUACCAGGAGUACAAUGAUGAAAUGAAUGAAUUUAGAUCUUUUGAGAAAGAUUGUUACACAGCCAGCUGUGGAAGAAAAGGAAAAAUUGGAAGUGAUGACCAGUUGAAAGCACUGCAGAGAAAUAACAGGAAAUACCCAGUGUACUCUAUGGGUGAUAUUCCUUUGAAAGAAUUACAUCGUAAGCAGUCAUGUAAUUUUGACCGUAAUGAGAUCCCAGUGGAAGGAAGAGGAAUGUGUUCUUUACAAAGGGAAUCAAUGUCUACUGAGACAAUCUAUCUGGAGUCUUCGCAGAGCAGCCAGUCUGCCAGUUACUCUCCACAGCCGACAGAGAGUACUUUCAGCUCCAGUUCUGACUUGGUAUCUGAGGACGAGGAUCAGAUUCAGCAGCAGACUGAAUAUUCAAAUAAGAAAUCUGUACAAACAACUAAUAAUUGUUGUCCAGAAAAGAUGGAAGAUCAUUUAGGUGACGUAACUGUGAAAGACAAUGCCAAAAUUCAUAUACAGAAUGAUAAUUUUUACCAGUCCUCAGAGAAAAAUAAUACAGAUGCAUUUCCAGAGUCCCAGUGCAAGUCAGAGCACACAUCAAAAAAUAGACCCAAUGGUACCUGUGUGCUUCAGUCAGGGAGAUUUGACUCAGGGGUACAGAUAGAUUGGGAGCCCAUUGUGGGGGCAUGUGACUCAGGGGUACAGACAGAGCAGGAGUCCAUUGUGGGGGCAUGUGACUCAGGGGUACAGACAGAUCGAGAGCCCAUUGUGGAGAGAUGUGAUUCAGGGGUACAGACAGAUCAGGAGUCUAUUGUGGGGACAUGUGACUCAGAGGUACAGACAGAUCAGGAGUCCAUUGUGGGGGCAUGUGACUCAGGGGUACAGACAGAUCAAGAGCCCAUGGUGUUAGAAACAGCAGAUGUUGCCAUAGAGUGCACCAUCAUCUCACAGUGUUCAUGUAAAGAUAGUCCCAUUGGUCAUGUAAAAGAGGUGUCCUCCCUUCAUGAGGCUGGAAGCUGCAGUGAAGACCUGAUGGCAGACACCACUGGAGGGCAGGAAACACAAAAAACUCAGACUAGGAAAUAG